ACCUGUCAUCUUCUACUAAACGUGAUAUUCUGUGGAUGAGAGACUUCAUUCUCCACGGGAACGUUGUGUCGUUUUAUGGAUUAACAGAUCUUGACGACUGUUUUUCUACAGCAGACGGAUACUGCUCGAAACAAUCUGUGUACGAACUUCUGAAAAAUUCUAGAUUUAACAUGAACAAUAGUAUGAAGUAUGCCCUCUGUUUGAACAUAUCAAAAGGUAUGCAAUACCUACAUAAGCAAGGAAUCUCCCAUGGCCUUCUUACCACUAAAUGUUGUUUUCUGGAUGACAAUUGGACAGUUAAAGUAGGGACAUGGUCUUUCGUCAAGCUAGCCAAUGACGUGAAAGAGCAGGCAGUUCACCGAGACGUCUUCGGUGCCAAUGAAUGGGAGAUGCCAGAGUUCUGGACGGCCCCAGAAAUAUUACGAUUAGAUGUUCAGCCAACCGAGGGCAGCGACGUGUACAGCUUCGCCAUUGUCAUGCAGGAAAUAUUUACACGAGAGGCACCGUACGUUGAGCACAGAGAAACACAGACGCCCAAUGAUGUGCUUCAAGCUGUCAUAUCGACGUCCAUGCGUCCUGUGUUCACCCCCGACACCCCAGUAGCAUCGAGGGAGAUCAUGGAGCGAGCGUGGGAGAUGGACCCCAUUGGGCGACCUUCGUUCACUGGAAUAUGCACCAUGCUCAAAAACUCCCAUCCAAAAAACAAAACGUUUAUGGACUGUAUGAUGAAGGCUCUUGAAGAUUAUACCAAUGAACUUGAAGAAAAGUUACAAGAAACGCAGGUGUGGGAUGUAAACUACACAAAGUCCACCGAUACUGAUAAUUACAAAGCUUUACCCGCAGAAAUCGCCAUGUCGUUCUCAGCUGGAGCUACCCCUUCUCUGGAGAAGUUUGACUCGGCCUCAGUGCUGGUGUCUGUUAUACACGACUUUGCAGACAUAAUAGCAGCCUCGAACGCUCCUGAUAUUGCUACCAUGUUGAAGGAUCUGUACAUGGCGUUUGAUCACGUUUUGGCUGAGGAAAGCGUCCAUAAAUACGACAUUUCUGCUGAUUCCUAUUUCGUGGUGUCAGGGCUUCCGACGAGGCGAAAUGGCCACGCCAUUGUCCUUUCGCGAAUUGCUCUUGCAUUUCUUGUGAUUACAAAGUCAAUUAUUGUCAAACAUAACGGCUGUCAGCUUAAGAUGAAGAUAGGCGUCGCCACUGGGCCAGGAAUGGCGGGUGUUCUUGACCCUAAGUUUCUCAUGAAGUAUACAAUAUUUGGAAAAACUUCGGGUUUAGCUCGCACUUUCGCCAAUGCAACACCGCCAAUGACUAUACAGAUCUCCGAGGCAACAUGUUCCGCCAUACAGACAACCAGAGAGUUUACAAUAAUACCUGCGAAGUCGCCAGAUGAAAGGAAACAACGAAAUACAAACGACAUACUGACUUACGAUAAGUGGAUGCUUGAGAUUUCCAUGAAGAGGCCCCAGGUUUCAGCUUUACUCAUGUUAGGAUUUGUUAAACCAUGAAUGACGCUAUUAUUGUCAGCCUCAGGCGUGAUCGAUUGAGUCCUUCGGUUUUCGCCCACGUUCCCGAAAUCUAAUGAAUUUUAUAACUGUUUGAGAUAUCAUUAUCU